AAAAUUUUCAAUUUACCGCUGAUGGCAAUGUUGAUGUCGAAUUUUGGUCCGAUAUACGUUGCAUGUUGGGACCCCAAUUCGCCCGAAGCGAUAAGAUUUGGAUGUAACUUAACAAAAGACAGCGAGGUCAAGUUGAACAUGAACUCGUUUGAACCGCAACUGAUGGUUAAUGUUGAAUGCGAUGGCGGUAUAGAGUUCCAAACGUUCAUGUGCUUAAACUUCUGCUACGACCCUGUUCAACAAGCGUCACCCGUUUCGAAAACAGACACAGUUUUCGAAAAUGUUGAUCUGUCUGAAGAAAAAACUUUCGAUUUGCCUAAUGGAACGCAAAGAAGGGUAAACGUCACAUAUGGCUGCCGAUGUGUCCUGGUAGAUAGACCUCGGAAACGUGACAAUUAACUUCAUUUUGGCUAUUAUUAUAUUUAUUCGCAGAUUAUUUAUAUAUUUAUUUAUGUAUAUUUAUCGUUGUCAGCAUAUUUUU